AUGAGGCUGUUGAGGCUGUUCGAGACCAUAACUUCAAGCUGUCCAAUGCUUGGGUUUGUGUUGGUCAACGCGCAUAAGCCUGUGGAGCAAACGGUGACUGGGACUCAAAUUGGGGAGAUAGGAGCUACCGGUCGGUCUGGGCCAUCAGAUGCGGUCUGGACGUUUGCUGAACUGCUGUUCAAUUCUGCUGCCUCCGUUGUAGAUAGUAGAUACGCUGCUGUUAGUGCCAGGGAAGCUGCGGCCCGGACAGACCAGCCGAGAGCAAAACUCACAAGAUCUUUUCUGAUGGAUAAUGUUUUGCUGAUAAAGAUCAACUCCAAAUGGACUAUAGCAGUUUCUCGCGCUAAACCUAAUCGGGCGCCGAUAGACUUUUCCCGAUGCGAUAGAGGCUCCGUCCAAAAAAUUUCCCCGAACCACUUCGACGACGCCGACAACGUCCAAGGCGCAGGCUGCUGGCUGAUCUCUCCUCCUUCAUACAAUUAG